AUUCCAAUUUUGAUUUUCUCCUUAUCUUGUACAAGUGCACAAAUAUAAAGUCCAAUCAAUAAUAAGUACUUUGAUAAUAUUGUCCAUUUUCCAUCUUCUUUUUUUUUUCUUUUUCUUUUUUAUUUUUCCUUUUAAAAUCUUCCAUAAAAUGAUGAAAACCCCUGCCCCCAACUUUGUCUUCUUCUUCCUUAUCACAUGCUUCAUAAAAACCAUAAAAUUUAAACAAAUCUCUCUUUCUCUUUCUCUCUCUUCCCCUGUUACUUCUGACACAACAAUGAAGUCAUAAAACUCAGUUCUUAAGUUAACUUUUAUUUUCCUCUUUUAAUUUCUUUCUCCCCCAUUUUUUUUUUCCUUUUAAAAUCCUUUUUUCAGCUUCACUCUUUUUUCACUUCUUCUUUCUCUCUCUAAAAAUAAUUGAGAUGAUCUUACACAGAUUUAGCUAAACAUCAGAGUACCAAAACCUCUGUUUUCACACCCAAAAAAAUUUCCCAUUUAUUUAUUUUUUCCCAAUUUCUUCUUUUUAAUGUCACCCAUUUCAAUUAAAAUUCAACCCUAUUUUUCCAAUCAAAUUUAACCCAAAUCCCAGAAUAAAGUUUCAACCUUUUCCAUUUUUCAUUAAUUUUUUCUGAAAAAAGAUUAAACUUCAUUUUAGGCUAUUAUCUUUCUUCAACCAUUUUCACCAAAUUACUAUCUUUUUUUGGCAUUAAAAUUAAUUUUCAACUAAACCCAAAAAAAUUUCUAUUUUUGAAAAAAAACCCACCUCACUUAAACCCCCCAUUUCCAUCAACUUUCUACCAAAAACCCGCCUCCCAAAAGUCCCAACUUUCUCUCUCCUCCUCUGUUUUCCCCUGUUUUUAACCCCAAAAAAGUUGAAAUCUUUACACUUUCCAUUACUCUCCACAUGCAUUCAUUAGUUGGGCAUUCUCUGAUCUGCACCAAAUUGGGGUGAAAUGGGUUGUUCAAUGUCAAAUUUGGCAGCUAAAUUUGCUUUCUUUCCACCUUCUCCGGCAACUUAUGAGGUAAAGAAGAGAGAUUCCGACGGCAAGUUUGUGGCGGUUUCGACGGCUGCGGCAGUUCCAAUUCCUCAAGGAGAUGACCCACUUUUGAAUGUUCAUGUUAUUGAAACUAAAAGAGGAAACAAGAUUGUUGCUUUUUACUUGAAAAAUCCUUAUGCUAGACUUACUGUUCUUUACUCUCAUGGCAAUGCUGCUGACCUUGGUCAACUCUAUGAUCUCUUUGUUCAGCUUAAAAUCAAUCUUAGAGUCAACUUAAUGGGGUAUGAUUACUCUGGGUAUGGUGCGUCUACUGGUAAGCCAAGCGAGGCCAAUACAUAUGCAGAUAUAGAGGCUGUUUAUCAGUGUCUUCAGACUGAAUACGGAGUAAGUCAAGAAGACUUAAUUUUAUACGGGCAGUCAGUUGGAAGUGGGCCCACACUGCACCUUGCAGCAAAACUGCCAAGAUUGAGGGGGGUGGUUUUGCACAGUGCCAUCCUUUCCGGGCUUCGUGUACUGUGCCAUGUGAAAUUCUCGUUCUGUUUUGAUAUUUAUAGGAAUAUAAGAAAAAUACGGAAAGUGAAGUGCCCUGCAUUGGUGAUACAUGGUACUGAAGACGACGUAGUGAACUGGUUACACGGAAAUGGAUUAUGGAAACGGGCCAGGGAGCCUUAUGAACCCCUAUGGAUUAAAGGCGGUGGGCACUGCAACUUGGAGCUUUACCCUGAUUACAUCCGCCACCUAUGCCGCUUUGUUCACGAAAUGGAGAACAUGACCACACAAACUCGGCUUAAGAAAAUCCGAGAUGUUCUCAACCUCCAUCCAAAACCCCGUCAUCCACCCACCAAAACGACCUGUAGCCGGUCUUGUAGCUGUUGGAACUGUUGUAGUUGUACCUGUAAGAUGAAAUGCUGGAAACCUCGAUGGCCUAAAUCUUGCUGCUCUCCGAGCUGCUGUUCUUGUUUCCAGUGCCCUAAAUGCACAAGCUGCUGCAGCUGUUUUGGAUGGCCAAAAUGCUUGAGCUGCAGUUGUUUUAAAUUGCCAAAAUGCUCGAACUGCUGCAGCUGUUUUGGAUGGCCAAAAUGCUCAAGUUGCUGCUGCAUACCUAGUUGUUUAAAAUGCUCAAAACCCAAAUGUUCGGAGGGUUGCUGUUCAUGCAAAGGAUGUUGUUCGUGGAUUUGUUGUGGCUGCUGUUGUUCGACAACAGAUCAAAGGCAGACAACGGAUCAAAGGCAGACAACAAAUCAAAGGCAGAUAACUGAGCAAAGGCAGACAACAAAUCAAAGGCAGAUAAUGGAUCAAAGGCAGACAACAAAUCAAAGGCAGACAACGGAUCAAAGGCAGAUAACGAAUCAAAGGCAGGAGAGUUAGGACAUAAGGGGUGGUUUAUAGUAUUUCUUUUCCAUGUGAAUGUGGGAUUGUACAGAUUCGCAGCACACUAGCUAACCUCCCUUGUUCUCAUUCUCCAAAUUGUGCAGUUUAGCACCCUAAGUUAUACAAAUUGUGGUUCCUCCUUCUCCUCGCUCGCACCCCCUUCCCUCGAAAUCUUUGUCUUGUAAACUCUAAUUCAGUUUUAGAAUUAAAAUUACUAGCCAUCUUUACAAGCUUUGGCUGGGAAACUAUACAUGAAUGAUGUUGGAUGUUUGACAGGCUGAGAAAAGCGAGAAUUGAUGCCCACAUGACUGUUGUUCACUUGUAAUAUGUGGUUAUCAUCUGAGUAAAAUCAAGAGUUAUUCAA